AUGUCAAACAACUCUAAGAAACCCAUAGUUAUUAACCUAGAUAGUGCUAAUAAAGCAUAUACUCGAAUCAUAAUCGUUGAGUCAUUUCCUGAAAGAGAAUCCAUUUUGUCUCCUUCAAUAAUCAUCAACUCAGGCUCGGCUCUAAUCAAACAGACUAUGAUUACAACCGAUUCAAGUUCUAAUACAACAGAUCCCUUUGAAGAUGCAAUUGAAAUUAAGUUCCCUAAUAAGAAAAACACAUGGGAAUACGAAAGUACUUUUGGACGCAGUAAGUUUCGUUUUAUUGGCCUGGUGAUUGGAGAUGAGAACGAUAAUGAAAAUGAAAAUGAGAAAGAAAUUAUAAUUAUCCCCCGUGACUUGGCUGAAAUCUGGAUCUUUGAAGACGAUUACUGUAUUUCAGGAUUAAGGUUUAUUCCUCGAGGAAACCCAUUGGAACUUUAUGACAGCGAAGUCACCCAUAUGGGGUCUUAUGCUACCGCAAAAUGGGAUAACUCGAUAAGUUUAUUGGAAGAUCAAUUGAAGAUGACUUUGGUCGAGACCGAGGUUUACUUAAGGGUAAAGCUUCAAAACGAUAUGGAGAAAAACAAGGAACUUGGCAAAUUGCUUUAA